AUGGGUAUUUGUCAAGGUGAUCCAAUGUGUCCUCUUUUGUUUGUCAUUGGAAUGGAAUAUCUCUCGCAUAUUAUGAAAAAAGUUGCUAAGGAUCCUGUUUUUCAAUUCCAUAUGAGGUGUAAAAGUUUGAGGCUCACUCACUUAUGUUUUGCAGAUGGCUUGCUUCUUUUCUGCAAAGGUGACUACAUUGCUUCCACAUUGCUUUUACGUGGUUUCAAAUUAUUCUCAAAUACUUCAGGGCUCCAAGCUAAUGUGGAGAAAUCGGCAGUUUAUGGGGCAGGUUUGGACACCUUAACUCUUAAUCGUAUUGUGAACAUUUCUGGUUUUCAAAGAAUUUUACUCACCAUUAAUUCUUAUUGGUCUCAGAUUGUGAUUCUGCAUAAAAGUGCUGUUCAAAAAAUUAAUCAAAUUUGUCAUGCUUAUCUUUGGAAAGGCAAUGACAUGUUCAAUGGCUCCGGGAAUGUUUCUUGGACUGAUGUUUGUCAUCCAAAGAAAGAUGGUGGCUUGGGGUUUAAAGAUGUUGCUCUGUGGAAUCUUUGUGCUAUGGGGAAACAUGUUUGGGCUAUCUCCAAUAAGAAAGAUAAUCUUUGGGUGAAAUGGGUUAACCCUGUCUACAUUAAGCAAAGCAUUUGGUGGGACUAUGACGUUUCCGCUGGCGCUAGUUGGUAUUGGAAGCGUAUUGUGCAGAUUAAAAAUAAACUCAAGCAAGUGUUUACUGUGGUGGGGUUCCAGAAUUUGCAUCUCUCUGUUGCUGAGCUCUACUCAAAGUUACGAUAG